CGGCCAAUAACCGGAAGUCUGGGACCAGUCCUUUUCCCCUCUUUCGUGGCAAAUGUUAAUUACCCUCACUUGACCAAAUCCCAAACCGAACCCCCCUGUCCCAUUCUCCCUCUCUCUAAAGCUGGCCACUCUCUAGGGUUUUUGACCACUUGCACUCUCGCACAAGAAGAAUUCAACGAGAACUUCUAGAAGAUGCUAGUGAUUUUCAUUGUGGAGAGGAAUCAAAUCAUAUUGCAAAUUGAUGACAACUGAAAAUCCUAUUCGAAUACUCGAGACAGAUGGAAAAUGGUCCUCACUGAAGGAGGCUGCUACACUUGGAGCAUCAUCUUCAGAAGAGCUGGGAUUGCUUAUGAAGGGGCCGGGAUUAGAGAGUGGUGGAAGAGAGAUGAUUCCUAGUAGGAGUGGAAGUGCACCGCCAACUGUGGAAGGUUCACAUUCUGCUGUUGCUAGAUUUUAUUCUCCACUAACCUCAUUGAGGAACCAACAGGUGGAUAGUGAUUGGAGAUUGGCAUCUUUCGGUCAACAAAACCGUGUCACAUUAAAUUCCACUCAAAAUAAGCUCCCUAAUUAUCCAGAAGAUUCUGAAGAUGAUAGCUCAUCUAAUGAAGUUUCUAUUCAGCAGUCAGAUAUAAGAGGUCGGUUUUGGUCUGGGCGUAAUGAAACAUUUUCUGGUCCACAUGGAAGUCUAGAUGGACUCGAACAGGAAAAUUUUGCUCAAACUUCAUCACCUAUGUUAACCCAUGAAUCAAUUGAAUAUGAUGCUGAUUUAGGCUCUAUGCAAAAUGCUUCACUGAACUCAACAAAUACUGCUACUUCAUCUCAUUCAGAUGCCGAUGGUUUGGGGAUAUCUGUAAACACGGAUCCACCAAAAGGUCUUGUUUCCGGCUCUUGGUCUACAGAAGAUCUUGCUUCCAUUGAAUCGAGGAUGAUGAAUAUGAAUAUAUCUGACCAGCAAAAUCUUGGAGAACAUACAAAGGAGAGCUGGCAACAGAGUUCUCAGAGUAAUCUUCUGCAUCAAUUUCUACCACAGCAGCAAAGAAAUGAAUUUCAGAAUGCCAAACCUCAAUUUCCACAUGGCCCUUCAAGUUUUUCUUCUACUGAUGUACAGAUACUUCAUUCAUCUGGAUUUGCGACUCCACUUUAUUCCCCCAUUUCUAUUCCUUCCUCAACCCCUUGUUACCCAAAUCUACAACCUUCUGGUUACUUUUCUCCUCAGUAUGGUGUUUUCCCAAUAUUUAUGCCUGGAUAUCCUCAUGGUGCUAUUCCUAUGUCAUUUGAUGGAGCUUCUGCUGGUCCUAGCUUUUCUGGUCAAAACUCAGGGCUGACAAAUACUGAAAAUCUUUAUGGACAAUAUGGCUUCACAACGCAACCGUUUUCAAAUUCUUUUCAAAUGCAAUAUUUUGAUCAGUCAACCAAUAGAAAUUCAUACAAUGUUUUUGAUAUGUUUGGCCCUCCUGAUUAUCAACAGAACGGUUUAGAAUUUUCAGCUGGCCCGCAUCACCAGACGAUAAAGUACCAGACAGACUUUGAUGUUGUUCAGAGAAAAGGUGGGGGAUUUUCAAGUCCUUAUUAUGGGAAUCCUUCAAACACUGGCUUUCUAAUGCAGUUACCAUUGUCAUCAAAUCCUAGUCAGAAUUUUCCUUUAUCACCCUUGGCUGGGGUUGUCUCAUCCUUUAAAAAUGCUGGUACUUAUUCCCGCUGGCAAGAUCAAGGAGAAAUCGAGAAUUUCAAUAACACCAGAGUACAUUCUUUCCUUGAAGAGUUGAAGUCUGGUAGAGGCCGGAGAUUCGAGCUAUCUGAUAUUGUUGGACAUAUAGUUCAAUUCAGCGCGGAUCAACAUGGGAGUCGAUUCAUUCAACAAAAAUUGGAAAAUUGCAGUUCUGAUGAGAAGGCUUUUGUUUUUAAGGAAGUUCUUCCUCAUGCCUCCAUGCUUAUCGUAGAUGUUUUUGGUAAUUAUGUUAUUCAAAAGUUUUUUGAAUAUGGAAGUACUCAACAAAGGAAGGACCUUGCCAACCAACUUGUGGGACAAAUUUUAUCAUUAAGUCUGCAGAUGUAUGGCUGCCGCGUAAUUCAAAAGGCCAUUGAAGUUAUUGAAUUGGAUCAGAAAGCAAAGUUGGUGAGUGAGCUGGAUGGACAUGUUACGAUAUGUGUUCAUGAUCAAAACGGAAAUCAUGUUAUUCAGAAGUGCAUUGAAUGUAUUCCAACAUUUAAGAUUGAAUUUAUUCUUUCUGCUUUUCAUGGUCAAGUUGCAACUCUUUCAAUGCAUCCGUAUGGUUGUCGCGUCAUUCAGAGGGUACUUGAGCACUGUAUGGAUCAACCUCAGUGUCAAUUCAUAGUAGAUGAGAUUUUGGAGUCUGUUUGUACACUUGCCCAAAACCAGUAUGGCAACUAUGUUACACAGCAUGUGUUGCAGAGGGGAAAGCCUCCAGAAAGAAGCAAAAUCAUAAGUAAACUAUCGGGAAAUAUAGUGCAGAUGAGCCAGCAUAAAUUCGCUUCUAAUGUCAUUGAAAAAUGCAUGGAGCAUGGUAAUUCUGCUGACAGGGAGAUUUUAAUUCAGGAAAUUAUUAGCGGAAAUGAUGGAAGUAACUUAUUGGCAAUGAUGAAAGACCAAUAUGCAAACUAUGUUAUCCAGAAACUUCUAGAAACGUGUACUGAUAGCCAAAGGGAAAUAUUGCUCAGCCACAUACAUAUUCAUGUGAAUGCACUGAAGAAGUACACUUAUGGAAAACAUAUUGUCACGAGAUUUGAACAGUUGUAUGGAGAAGGAAUGGGGAACUCUGAUUCAUGAAUAUUUGCUGCCACGAUUGUUGGGAUUUGUGCGGAUGGUUGUCAGAACUCAUUGCCUCAAAUAUAGACCAUGAGCAGAUCCCCUGUCUCAAAAAAUAAAAUUAGUAUAGAUAUUAUAUACAGUGCAUAGUCUUCCAGGUUUAUUUAGACAUGUAGUGGUUGUAUAUUAGGUUUGGUGGUUAUGCUGUGUUUCAUAGUUAUGGGCAUAAUAAUAAUAAUAAUAAUAAUAAUAAUAAUAAUAAAAAUAAUAAUAAACAACUUAUGAUGUAAAUUAAGUUGUACUUUUCUAACUCUAUAUCAUCUGUUGACAUUUCUAUCACUUUCUAUAGUGUUGUGGCUUAAUGUUUGUUGGUA